CGUUACUUUUCGUGAAUUUCCUAAGUUCCUCGUCUUUUGUUCGUAUGUUAAGAGUUGACCAAUAUUUCGUGGAUCUGUGGGUUAUUCUAAACUGUGGACACAUAGUUGUGAUGCUGACUGAGACUUGGGCGUGAACGGCUUUUAUGGACGUGUUUUCUAUUUAUUGUACUUUGUUUGAGAAAGCGUGAAACUCAAUGGAAAGGAGGCGAAGGGGGAAGACAAUUUGGGGGAGCUGAGCAAUGUGGCAGAGCCCUCAACUCCUCUGAUCACACCAGUAGAAUUGUGUUUGUGUUACGGGUAAAGUGUGUUUUUCGUGGAAAUUACUUCAUAACAGCUAUGGAGGGUGAGAAGGAGAGACAGAGGCAGCAGCGGGAGGAGAAGGAGAGUAACGAGGCGGAAGACGAUAGGAAGAGUGGUGAUGAAACUGACAACAGAGAGGAGGAUGAUGAAGAUUCGGAGGGUGCUGCACUGGUUUGGCAGGAAGGCUAUGGUGAGGACAAUCUGGGGCUUCCCAUCAUGCACUGGGAAGCACUGAGCCUGCGCAUCGCUGAGCUGGAGAAGCAAGAAGAGGAGAAGAAGGAGAAAAGGGCAAAGAAUGGAGUUUCCCUGGAGCGCGGCAGAGCUCCAGUGAGCUGGACGGAGGAGAGAGGCAGGAGAGCAGAAAGCUGGGAGGAUGGAGACGACGCCUGCAACAGCCACGUGCUGGCACUGACCUCCCGCCUGCAGACACAGAUGAAUCUUCAGCUCUGCUUCAUCAACAACAGUGAAAGUGAGGAGGAGGAGGAAGAGAAGGAAGGAGAUCGGAGCAAGAAGGAAGGCUCAAACACAUGGAGAGGGAGUGUUCAGGUUCAUAAGAAUCCUCAGCCUGCCUCCAAGCCAGAGAAACCAAAAUCCAGAGGCUUCAGGAACACUCUAAGGAACCUACGAGACAGGCUGAGAACAGACCACAAAACACUGACUGCAGCUCAUAGUGACCCUAUAAUCCAGAGGAGACAUUUGGAGUGCAGUGAUUUACAAAGCGUCAGUAUCAAGGAGCUAAAUGGUCUUUGUUCAUCUCUUAGCCAGACCAUACAAGACCUGAGCUCAGAUCUGGUUGGUCGCCUCCAGGUCAGAGACCAGCUGAAGACAGAGCAGGACGCCAUGCUGCUGGAGGUCCAGGAUCUUACGUCACUAUGAAACUGCUGAUCACUCCCAGUUGAAGGUCACGAAUCGAACAGCGAGGACUGGUGAUGUCACACAAAUGUCUGUGAACAUUAUUCUGUAUAAGACAAUGACACAGUGGUCCCCACAUGCCCUCAAUCGGACCAACAUUUGAGUCUGUCCAACCAACCACUAAGAAGACUCUCACUCCCUGAAAGGACUUGGACAUUCGCUUGCACAGUAUUUUUCAUGUUAUUGUCAAUGUUUUAUGGUUAAAAAGGGAAAUAUGGUUUCACUGAGCAAUAGUUAUAGACUCACUUGUGAGAGAACCAUUACAAAGCUACACAUCCGAGGCAGGUUGAUGGUGAGGAAGCCUUACGGUACACAGAACUGAGCUGAAUUGCAUGCAAUUCAUCCUAUAACAUUAAUGGGACCUGCUUUGUCACUUUUGGCCAGCCACCUGCAAUAUUCUCUCAAAUGUUGACCAAAACCCUCCCAACCUGUGCGUCAACCGGCACUUCACUACUACACUUGUACAUUCUGUUGUUUUCUUUGUGUUCAUAUGGUCAACAUUUCCUUCGUUACUCAGUCGGUUUAAUCGAAAAAAAAUACGCUUUCCUCUUCCUGUCACUCACCUUUAGGUGUUCACAUUGGUCUCUGCCUGUGCUAAUAAUUCGCAUUAAUUUACAACAUUGGGAGGUGAAAUGUGGAGAAACAUCAUUUAACCGCCUCAGAAAAAGAAAAAGUGGGGUAUUUAAUGUUUACACAUAGUGUAAACAGACGUCUACUUAAUAACCCAAAACCCUUGUCAACUGUAGAUGUUUUAUUAUUUGCAAGUGGAGAAGAAAGAGUUUAACGUGGUAAAACCUCCAUAUAUGAACUCAUGACAGAGUACGACAGCUCCAUCUAGUUUAGGUAAAUGCAGGAUAAAAGGGGCCAGAUCAAUCAAAUCAUUGGAUUGUGGGACAUAGAGGCAUGACACAGAUACUGACCCAAACAUUUGAAUUCAGUGAAAGGAUCCUGCGCAUACACAGGAACACGCUGGUGAUGUGAUGUGGACAGUUGGCUAGAAUGUCAAGCAACAACAGUAUUUGUUUUUUAUUUUUCAAAAUAGCUUUGCCAAGAACAAUGGAGCAAGACAAUGUAUUUAUGACAAGACAACCCAAGGUGUGCGUUGUAAAAUUGAAUUGGAACAGUUUGUUAGUGAGACAACCACACAGAACACCUUUCAAGAAGUUGUAGUAAGAACAUCACCUUUAUUGCAGAGAUUUACUCAAAUGUUUCGAGGUAACUUGAGUUGUUGGUCUGUGAUGAUUAACAUACAACCAGUAUCAGUAUGGGCAAAAUUAAGUGGAAUCAUACAUGUAAACUGUAUUUUCCUACCAGCAAUUGUUCCUGCUUGGUUAGAUCAAGUUGUCUCAUUGGGCUGGUUUUGCUUUACUAUUCAAGUAUAGUCUGUGGUGUAUGAAUAAAGUAGCUUGACUUGACUGAAUAUUUAUGCUUUUAAAAGCAUAAAGUAAAACACAUUGGAGAUUAACAUUUGGAGCUUAAUAGCAUCAGGACAAUGCUUUUAUACAUGUUACUGUGUAUGUUACUGUGUAUAUUUUCCCUUAAGGCUUAAAACUGAAAUAUAAAUGGAGUAAGGUAAAAAAGCUGCUAAUUCUGCCAACUAUUAUACUACUACUUUUUUAUUGUUCUAUUUAGAAAAUGUAAGUUGUUUUAUACAUGUAUGUCUUUUUGUCAGCAUUUUAGUUGAAGCUGGUAAAGGCCUAAAUGUGCUCCUGUGUACAAUAAAUGAAGCACAUUUACUUUU